AUUAAACAAUUAAUGAUCGAGUUUGGCGUCCAUUAUUAGUCGUUCGGAAGAUUGAAAUUAAUCUUAAUUAGAAGUCGAAAAUAAAUAUGGGAAGAUCUAGAAGCAGAAGCAGAUCGCCUAGCAAGCAUCGGCAUCGCAGUAAACAUUCUCAUAAGCGGUCUAGAUCGAGAGAAAAAAGUAAAGAACGGAUUAGCAAGUUAAGACUGACGAGUCGGACACCAGAAAGAAGAUUCCGCUCAAGGAAACAUUCCCGUUCAUCUUCAUCAAGUAGCAGUAGUGAUGCAUUAGAUGGACUACACAGUUCAAGUAGAAGAAAGAUGAAAAAAAUGGACGAAGUUGAACGAUUGGCAGAAUUGGAAAGACAGAGGAGACAAAAGGAAUUGCAGUCUAAAUUUAUUGAAGAUGAAACAUCAAAACGUAUAGAGGAGAUAGUUGCAAAAAGAGUUCAAGAAGAAUUACAAAAACGUAAAGAUGAUAUUGAAGCAGAAGUUUUACGUAGAGUUGAAGAAGCAAAGAAAAUAAUGGAGAAACAAAUGCUGGAAGAAAUGGAGAGAAGACGCCAAGUAGAAUUAGAAGAACAAAAACAAAAAGAGGAACAAGAAAGAAAGAAGAGAAUCGAACUGGAAAAAAUACUUGAGGAAAAUAACAGAAAAAUUGAAGAGGCACAGAAAAAAUUGGCCGAAGAGAGACUUGCAAUGAUAGAGGAACAGCGUAAAAUAGACGAAGAGAGGCAAAGAUUGCAGAAAGAGCGAGAAAAGAAAGUUAAACAAGAACAGCAAAUAAUUCUAAAUAAAGGAAAAGUCAGACCUAAGUUAUCAUUUGCUCUGAAGCAGGUGACAUGAUUUCUGAAAAAAUUGAUGAUCCAAAUUUCCAAUAUCCAUUGUACAUAUCUCUAAAGGCUUCGAAGCAAGCAUGAGACAUCUCUGGACUUUAAAAAUAAAUCCGUAGCUUUCCGGACACAAAGAGGAGAGUGUAUAUUGUUAAAACAAUUCCUCUUCCGUGCUGUUUGUUUAUAUCGUUCGUGAUGAAACCAUCACUUAUAAUUUGACAUUGGAUUAUUUUUAAUUGUGUCGAGAUUUUCAAUUGUCUCUUAUCAACGAUGAUAUAAAAUUUAUCAUCUGUAUAAAAAAAAUUAUUAUUAUUAUUCCAAAAAGUUUCUUAAAACCCAUUUUCUAAGUAAGACAGAAAUGGCAUUUUAAAAAUUCAGGUAAGUUAUAAAAUUAAGUUCUAGAACGAUGAUAAAUUUUAUAUUGUGGAAAUGUGUGUUCACAUCUUAAAAAAUUAGUUAUAUUCAAUUUAAACAUACAAGAAUGUGGAAAAUAUGGUUGUACAUAAACCCAGAAUAUAAUAAACCUUUAAUAAGCAA